AUGAGCAUACAAAGAAUCUCUACAUCUUUCCCCCCUUUAACUCCUCAGUGGAAAUAUGAUGUUUUUCUGAGCUUUAGAGGCGAUGACACUCGCAAGGCUUUUACAGACAACUUAUACACUGCAUUGGAACAUCAAGGAAUCAUAACUUUCAGGGAUGAUCCUGAACUUCAGAAAGGGAAGGCUAUUUCUCCAGAACUUUUUGCUGCACUUGAAGAAUCAAGAUUUGCUAUCAUUGUUCUCUCACAAAAUUAUGCAUCGUCAACAUGGUGCUUGGAUGAACUUGUAAAAAUUCUUGAAUGCAUGGAAGCAAAAGGAACUGUGCUAAUUUUCUAUGAUGUUGAUCCCUCUGAUGUACGAAAGCAAACAGGGAGUUUUAAAAGAGCCUUUGCAAAUCACGAAGAAAGAUUUAAGGAUGACAAAGAGAAAGUGUGGAGGUGGAGAUCUGCAUUAACUGAAGUGGCAAGUUUCUCUGGGAAUUCAAAGCAAUGGUAUGAAUCAAACCUCAUUAGAGAUAUUGUUGAAGUUAUAUGGAGAAGAUUGCAACCUACUAUCAUUCAGUUAUGCAGAAAGUCUAGUUGGGAUUUACUCAAGAUUGCAGCCAGUUAA